CAAUAUAUGAAAGAUUCUUUCACAACUUUGCAAGCUCCGCCUGGAUUCCACUCUCUUCCUAUAUAUAUAUAAGAAGAUUUUGUGGAGAAAAUUCAGAGACUAAACAAUCAUGGAAAGACGUGAUUUAGAUUCUUCAAUUUCAAAAAAACGACGGAUAGAUUAUACGAUGACCAAAGAUAUCUCAAACCUUAAGGGCGAGGGUAGUUCUAAGGUCGGCGAAUCUAUCUGUACGACAAAAAAAUUUGCUGAUAGUACAAUUUACCGAUUGUACUUCAAAGGUUUGGUGAGUGAUAAGACGACGACGAAUAAUGAAAAGAUGGUAUUUGCUGGUAUUGGAGUUGCGAUCUGCGAUGAUGCGGAUAGUUUGUUGUAUGAAAUGAAGGAAUCGGUGGACGCCACCAAGAUUCUCAGCCGAGUAGAGAUUUUAGGAGCGAUUUGUGGCAUAAAUCACUCAAUUCAAUUGGGGAUUAAAAAUUUGGUGAUUUAUUGUGAUGACUAUCGAAUUUACCAAUUGAUAAAUGGUAGAGGGGAUUUUUCUACGCAAACGUUGGAGGAUCUGGUGGGAGAAUUCAUACACUAUAAAGAGAAACUGGCUUCAAGUGAGAUUGUCUUGGUUGCACCAAAUGCUGUUAAGUUUGCUUAUAGACUUGCAAGAGAUGUGAUAGCUUCUCAAAUCAGCAGCAAUGCUGAUGUGGAGGCAGCACAGGGAGUAGUAACUUGUCCCAUUUGUUAUGACGAUGCUGACGACCACAUGUUAUUUACUAACAACUGUGGUCACCGUCACUGCUUUACCUGCGUGAAAAGGUAUGUGGAAGUGAAGCUGCACAGCGGAGUCUUGCCCACAUGCAUUGAGCAUGGAUGCAUGUCUAAGCUCACCCUUGGAAGCUGGCUCUUGUUGUUCACACCAAAGCUGAAGGGGCUGUGGAAUCAAAGGAUGAAAGAGGACUUGAUUCCCGCUGCAGAGAGAAUCUGUUGCCCAUACCCAAGCUGCUUAACGGUGAUGUCCAGAACCAAUCUUGUUCCCCUUCAAGGCCACCCGUCCAAUGUCCAUGCUUGUGUUAAAUGCUGUGGACUCUUUUGCAUUGAUUGCAAAGUACCAUCCCAUUCUGGUUUGUCCUGUGCUGAUUACAGGAACCUUCCCCCUGAAACUCUUGUUGAUGAGAUGGAGCUCACGUCUCUGGCAAAGGAGAAUAUGUGGCGUUAAUGCGUCAAGUGCAGGCUCUUUAUUGAACGCGUUGGGGGCUGCAUAAAAAUCAAGUGCAAAUGUCACUAUGAGUUUUGCUUCGAUUGUGGGGUCGAAUGGAAGAUUUUCCAACGAAAAUGCCCUUCUGGUUGCGUUGAGAGUUACUAUGAUGGUUUUGAUGUUGAAGACGAGGACGAGGACGAGGGCGAUGACGAGGAAGAGGACGAGGAUGGUGGCGAGGACGAGGACGAGGACGAGGAUGGUGGCGAGGAUGGUGAUGUCGACUUCGAAGAGUCUGGUGUCGACCAAACCUAUUAGGCUAUUUACCUUAAUAUGUCAAAUGAGCAGAAAGACUGAAUUGCUCUGAUCAUUUCUGAAGUAAACUGAAUUGCUCUGUUUUUUUUUUUUCUUUUUCUUUUUCUUUUGCUUUUGGGAUUUUAAAUAAUAAGAUAAGUCAUGUAAUGUUAUUUGAACUAUUAAGCUG